AUGACUUCCCGUACGAUCGUCACCGCUUCUCUCGUCCUCAAUGACUAUCAGGACUCCUCAAGGACCUCUUGACAAUUUGGAAGAUAUUCCAUCCAGCCCGGACGGAAGAGGGCCGAGAGUUUUUUGACCUGGAACAGGUUGCUGGAGCUCCAACUCCAAGCUGCUGGCUCUCAUCUUAAAUCCUUCCUUACUUGCUGGAGAGGACCAUUUGGAAAGGCGUUUUUAAAGGGCGUUGGGAAGCUGAUUGCUGAGCCAGCAGGUGCGUGCGGUGGAACCGGAAGUGGCCGAAUGUCGGCAGAGGACCAGGUUUCCGGUCUGUUGUUGCAUUCGACCGGCGGAAGAAAUGUCCCGUCACAUGUACACUGA